AUGGAGUGGUUGUUUGGACACCGAAUGACGCCGGAGGAGAUGCUGCGUAAAAACCAACGCGCAUUGAACAAAGCCAUGCGCGACCUUGAUAGAGAGCGAAUGAAGAUGGAACAGCAAGAGAAGAAAGUGAUUGCUGAUAUUAAAAAACUGGCUAAGGAAGGGCAAAUGGAUGCUGUUAAGAUAAUGGCAAAAGAUCUUGUCCGCACACGGCGCUAUGUUCGCAAGUUCAUGAUAAUGAAGGCAAAUAUCCAGGCUGUUUCUCUUAAGAUACAGACACUAAAGUCUCAGAGCAGUAUGGCUCAAGCAAUGCGUGGUGUCACCCGGGCCAUGGCAACAAUGAACAGACAACUAAAUGUGCCACAAAUACAGAGAAUUCUUCAGGAGUUUGAGAAGCAGUCUGAGAUAAUGGAUAUGAAGGAAGAGAUGAUGAAUGACUCCAUCGAUGAGGCCAUGGAGGGUGACGAUGAUGAAGAGGAAAGCGAUGCAGUAGUGUCGCAGAUCCUGGACGAACUCGGGCUCCAGCUCAACGACCAGCUUUCUGGCCUUCCGCAGGCGACCGGCUCCCUCUCUGUGACCGCGAAAACGCCGGCGAGCCCGACGGCGGCGGCUGCAGCGGGCGGCGGAGCGGCGGGCGGAGGUCUGAGCGACGCCGACGCCGAGCUUCAGGCGCGCCUCGACAACCUUCGCCGCGAGUGA